AUGGACCGUGCCGUCGCCUCUAUGAACGCACGUAAAGCCCGGUGUCCCGCGUGCAGAAGCGCGCAUCAGGAUCAUGCUGCGCGUUGGACGUGCGCUCGCACCUCAAUGACAAAGCAUCAUCUGCGCCUCCCAAAAACACGGACGGUGAUGACACUCGGCUCCCGCACGCGCGGCGCUGACAUCACAGCCGUCCAGCCCAGGGGCCAAUCCCGUGGACACGUGCACGUGCACGCGCACAGCUCACACCAGCAUCAAGAGAGAAGCAGCCCGCGGGUCCAGAGGUCAGGCGCUGUCAGGAGACAGGACAGGUCCUGA